AUGGAUCCAGAAAUGGCCUUCCACAUCAAGGUCUAUGCAUCAUCAGAUCUUCCCAAUCAACCCUGGAUCUCAAGUCUCACACACAUGGUGAACGCCAGCUACCGCGUCAGCCACACCACCAAAAUAAAGUUCGCCACAACCAAGACCCGACUAUCAACCAACUCCGCACUAUCCGAGGAGCUCGGUGCAGACGGACUCACCGCGGUGGCGCUUGUUGGAGAUGAAAAAUCUCAAAACAUCGAAGUGAUCGGGACCGCAAGUAUGAAGAAAUGGAAAGACGACGGCCUUUGGACGCCUACCACCGAAGACGGGCACGAUGCAAAUCCGGUAGAGAACGCGGCCAAUACUGGAUGUGUCGAUCAAGUGCUUCACCGACAGGCUUGUCCUGGAGACUAUGAGCUAGCUGUUGUUGCUCUCCCGCCAGAUCCACAAUACCGCGGCAGGGGUAUUGCUGGGCAUCUUGUCAAGGCGUGUGAAGAGGAGAUUUUGCGUCAGGAGCGGGUCAAUAGAAAGGAUGUGUCGUCUCCGGUACGAAUUAUGACUCGGGUUACUAAAGAAGAUACUGGUAGCUACUGGUUGAAACAGGGAUUCACAGUUGUUGGUAGCCAGAAGUGUCCUAAGGGGUUCUGGGAUUCGUUGGAGGAGUUUACUAUGUGGGCUAUGAUGCGGGAGUUGUCAACAAUAUAG